AUGAACAGAACCGUCACCACUGCUUCAUUUGCCAGAUGGGCUUUUGAAUCUUCAACAGUUGAUAGCACAUCAAACUCUACUGAGUAUGGAUCCAAUAACUCUUCUAGAAAUACACGCUCUGCUGUGAAAACCAGGGAAAUGAACAAUACCAGACGCAUAAUUUCGAAACAACCCACAAUUGAUGAGCUUACACAUUCGAAAUAUUCCAAAAGCUAUUCCUGUUCCGUGGGGAGGGUUCUGCAAACAAGACAAUCAAAGGGGUCAUCCAGGUAUACGGCCAGGAGUAAGAAACAGAAUGCGACAGCAACUGAUUUAGCUGCGGCUCCAGAGAGAACAAUAUUCAGUCUUUACGAGUCCGGAAAAAACGCAGAUACUCGUGUUGGAAUUUGCAUUAUCAGUUUCGCAACAGCAGAAAUGCAUGUUUGCGAGUUUAUUGACACACAAGUGUUCAUUAAAACGUUAAAUAUGCUUCACGUUUCACAGCCAACAGAUAUACUAAUUCCGUCUCACUCUCUCUCAGGGAAAGUCACCAAGCUAGCAACUUUAAUCAAGUACAAUGUGUCUCGAAGUUCAAAGGUUACAGAAGGCGUCUCUAAAGUGUACAAAGCGCAGGACGGUUUGGAUGUCGUGGAAAACCUUGCUUUGACAAUGAUGAAUAAAAGCUCGGUAUCAUUUAAAGAGCAGCUUUCAGGAAAAGAAUUCGCACUAAUGGCUGUAUCAGGAGCUGCAAAUUAUAUGGAACACAUAUCCAGACUAGAUCCUGCCCUGGAUUUCAAAAACUUUAGGGUUAAGGUAGAUAACGGAGAGAACACGAUGCUUAUUGACUUGAAGACAAUCAAAAGCUUGGAAUUGGUAGAGAACUCUUUGGAGCCAAAUGGUAUGUCUUUAUUGAAAGCAUUGGAUUUCACAGUAACCAAGAUGGGUCGCAGGGCACUUCGAAGUAAUAUACUACAACCACUAACUGACGCUUCUAGUUUGAAUCAGAGAGUAGCUGCUAUAAAAGAAUUACAGACUGAUAUGGAUUUACUCAAUUCUGUAAGAUCAGAACUUAAAGUUCUACAUGAUUUGGAUGGCUUGUUUUCUAAACUCCUCUCCAUAGACCGUAUGAUCAUUUCUCCUGAACAGAAAGUGAAUUAUGUCAUUCUCAUUAAGGAAUCGAUUGAAACUAUGGCAUCAUUAAAUAUUGUCUUGGAGAACACAGAUUAUGAAAGCGAUAUAUUGAAUGAAAUAUUUAAUGUAUUAAAAUCGAGAGAUAUAAUAACAAUAUCCGCCACAAUUAAUCAAUUUAUCAACGAAGACACCCGUUGGGCUUCUACUAAUAUUGAUCUUCAAAACCAGAAAGUGUAUGCAGUGAAAAGUGGAUCUAAUAACCUCUUGGAUGUUUUAAGACAAUUAUACAAAUCACUAACAGAUGACAUAAUGUCCGAGAUCCAGAGGCUCAGAGACACCUUUGGUUUGAAUUUCAGUCAUGGUUACGAUUACAAUAGGCAAUUCUUUCUAAAAAUUAAAAGAAAGGACCUUGAAAAUGGUCAUGAGUUAGACUGUUGUUUCAUCAAUAGAAUUGAAAAGAAGAGUGUUGUAGAAUUCACGACACUAAAUCUAAUGAAAUUGAGCAACAGGCUAGCUGAACUCAACUCAGAAAUUCUAACAUUAAGUGAACAAGUGGUUACUGAACUAUUGAUUAAAUUAUCAUCUUAUAUGUCCGUAUUUUUUAUGCUUUCAGAAGCUGUCACGGCCCUCGACCUUUUAUGCUCUUUUGCUAAGCUCGGCCUCGAAAAAGCCUGGUGUUUACCAUCAUUUGGUAGCAAACUUUCACUUAAGAGUGCUCGUCAUCCUAUUCUUGAGUCUGUACUCCCUGAUUUUAUUCCAAAUGAUAUGGAAGCUGUUCCUAACUUAUCAUCUUUUCAGAUCCUUACUGGCUGUAACAUGAGCGGUAAAUCAUUAUAUCUCAAACAAGUGGCUUUAUUGAACAUCGUUGCACAAAUCGGUUGUCCAGUUCCUUGUAAUGAAGCAUGCUUUCCAAUAUAUCAUAAACUACACGCAAGGCUCUGUAAUGAUAUCACAGAAGUGAAUUCAUCUAGUUUUUCUACUGAAAUGAAAGAAAUAGCCUAUUAUAUUGAUGAUGUAACAGAUAAAACAUUAAUGAUAAUUGACGAAUUAGGACGUGGAUCAAGCAUUAAUGAUGGUUUCUCAAUUUCUUUAGCGAUUUCUGAGUAUCUCCUCUCUAAAAAGGCAACCGUGUUUCUUUCAACUCACUUUAGAGAUAUUGCCAAAAUUCUAAGCGCGAAACCUUGUGUUCUUCAUUUAGAAAUGAAAGCCGAAGUAGAUGAUUCUGAUUUAAAAAUGACCUAUAAGGCUUCAAGAAAUAUGCAAGAAAUUGAUGGAUAUGGUAUGAAAUUAUGCAAGAAACUAUUUGCAGAUGACAUAAUAUUAGAAGCAGCAAAAAUAUCCGAGUUAUUGAAGGCAAGUAGAAAAAAAGGAUUAAAAAUCGUUGAAACUGAAGACCAAGAAGACCUAGAAGAUAAUUACAGUCAAUUGAAGCAUGUUCAUUAUCUUGUUGAACAUUUGAAGGAAAUCCAAUCAAGGAAAACCCCAGUAAAUGCUCAAGAGUUAAUAGACCUACAAAACGAAUUUAUUUCUACUUUUGAAAUCGUUUAA